AGGAAGGAGAGGAGAAAGGAAGCUUUAGGACACAAAAAUAUCUUGCUUGAGAGGCAGCAAAAAGGCAGAGAUGUGCAAAACAGCAAUGCAGCUUGAGUAUGUAUGAAAGAGACAGGAGAGAAAAAAGAGGAGGAGGGGGGCAGCUGAGAAGAGGUAGAAAGAAGUGAAAGGAGAGAAAAGAAAGAAAGGGGGUGCAGCCAACUGGCAUAGUUUGACUUAUUCAGCUCAACUCUAAAAGUCUCGGGCAGCCCAGACUCCAAACCACAUGGACCUAGAUCCUUUCUGCGCACAGCUGCAAUAUGAAGCGCCUGUAAAAGGACGGGAUAUAUCAUGCAGUAAUGCUAAGAGCCAUUGUUUUGUUGUGCUGAGUAUUUUGUGAAUUCAUCCUUCUUUGAGCUUUAGCUAAGUCUAGAUUGUUUUUGUUUUCUUGUUUUAUUUAAAAAAAGCCAUACCUAGAUUAAAAUGGGCCAGCAGAAUGGAGUAUCAUAUUGAUUUCUACAAACAUUUUGCCUGGCUCAGAAAGGAAAAUUUCCGUUCCAGUGCUAACAGUGAGUCCUACCAGGAACGGUUAUUACGUCUGGAGGGAGACAAAGAAUCACUAAUUCUUCAGGUGAGUGUGCUGACAGACCAAGUGAAGGCUCAGGGGGUAAAAAUCAACGAUCUAAGAAGCUCUUUGGAGGAGCAUCAGCACAAACUGGACUGUACAGAGAAAAUGCUACAGCAGGAGCUCCAGCACAGAACGUCACUGGAGAACCAGAAGCUGAAUCUUAUGGGGGAGGUGUCCUACCUGAAAGUGAAGCUGGCAGACAUGGAGGGAAAGCAGGGUCACGGGUCUGAGAGGCAGCACAAAGCAGAGACUGUAGUGAAUUUUAUUAGUGAGCUGCAGGAGCAGAUGUGUCAGUUUCAGAAGGAGAUAAAUAGCAAGAUCCAGGAGAAAAAGGCCUUGGAGAACCCAGCUGACAGCAGGUUUCCAGUGGUGUGCCCAACUGAGUCCACUGAGGGCCAGGGCUCAAACCAUGGGGUGUCCUGUGACAGAACCUCAGGGGGGAUGAACAAGCUAGAGGAGGCUUCAGACGGGCCUGAUGGGAACACACACAGCCUGAGAGAGGGUAGCUCAGAUGCAGAGCAGCGGUGCCACUGCGGAGAAGAAAGUGUCUUACUUAAGGAACUCCGGAUUCUCAAAGACAAAGUUGAGCACCUGGAGGAUCAGAAGUUACAAUAUGAAAAGAAGCUCAAGACAACAAAGGCAGAGAUCAGCAGCCUUCAGCAACUUCUGCUCAGUAAGAACGCAGAGAUUGAACGCUUGCACACACAGCUGCUGGCCAGACCUGCUCUAACCACAGAGAGCUCAGAAAGAGAGGAGACGUACAGGAAGAGGCUAAACACCAAAUAUCAGGAACUGCAGAAACUAAGGAGUGGAAUGAAAUCACUGGUGGCUGCCAAUGAUGAGAAGGACCGACGUAUUGAGGAGCUUACCCUGCUUCUGAAUCAGUGCAGACAGUUCAGAGAGGUCACCCAUGUCUCCAGGCAAGCUCCACCUGCUGUUCGAUUAUUGUCAAAUGGUCGGACUCCAUCAAGCAGUAGCGAGGAAGGAGAGCAAGGACUGAUGAAGAAUGCUGAUUCUGCCAGUGCAAAAUCUGAUGAUGCAAAGUCUGAAGUGUCCACAAACAGUUCUUCCUCCCAGCAAGCGUCUCUGCUAUCAGUCCAGAAAGAGGAUGAUUCCAGAACAGAGCCACAGACAUUAUCAAGUAGCAUGAAUAACAUAACAAAUGGACAUUUACCUAAGAGUGGUUUGGGUGACUGCAGAAGUCAGACUCUGCCUGCAAAUUCAUCUCUGCUGGAACAAAAUGGCGACAGCAGCACUGAAAUCCAGAGUCAAAGGUCUCCAGAUGGGAGUGAAGAUGGCGACUGUAACCAAAGAAAGUUGGAGCGAGUUGAUGACAACACAUCCAGUGAUAAUUCCCCUGUUCAUUGUGGGGUGCAAACACAGGCUGGCCAGCGAGUAGUAGGUUCUCCAGAGUAUGUCAAGAAUAAUAGGAGCUUCAAGAGACUCUGGGGAAAACUUCGAAGAACCCAAUCUGGAGGCUUUCAGGCCGCGGAUCCAGAUACCAGCCAGUUUAGGAGAGGGGGUCUGCGUGCAACAGCAGGACCGAGACUCACCCGAACUCCUGAAUCUAAUUCGGCAUGUGAUAUGAAUAUUCCAUUCAGCCAGUGGACCAAGGAACAGGUGUGUGGCUGGCUGGAGGACUAUGGACUGGGCCAAUAUGUCAGUCUCACUAGACAGUGGGUUGAAAACGGGCAAACACUUCUGUCUGCCACGCCUCAGGAUUUUGAGAAGGAGAUGGGCAUGAAGCACCCACUGCACAGAAAGAAACUGCAGCUCGCUCAGAGGGCGUUCAUCACUAAAGUCAUAGAGAAGUCCUCAGAGCUGGACCACAUCUGGGUCACCCGCUGGUUGGAUGAUAUUGGUUUACCUCAGUAUAAAGACCAGUUCCAUGAAGCUCGAGUAGACGGUCGAAUGAUACAAUAUCUCACAGUGAAUGAUCUCUUGACCCUGAAGGUCACCAGCCAGCUUCAUCAUCUUAGUAUUAAAUGUGCUAUUCAUGUCCUUCAUGCUAACAAGUUCAACCCAAACUGUCUUCGACGUAGACCAGGAGAGGAGAAACAACCCUCUCCCUCAGAAGUGGUGCAGUGGUCUAACCACCGCGUGAUGGAGUGGCUUAGAGCAGUGGAUCUUGCUGAAUAUGCUCCAAAUCUACGGGGCAGCGGGGUUCAUGGUGGCCUGAUUAUCCUGGAACCUCGCUUCAGCUCUGAGACUUUGGCCCUGCUCUUAAAUAUUCCUCCACAGAAGACUUUGCUCCGCCGUCACCUCGCCACUGCCUUCUCCACCCUGGUUGGUCCUCAAGCCACACAGGAGAAACGAGAGUAUGGAAACGCCACAGGCCACGUGCCUCUCACUACGACUGCUAAAGUAAAACCAAAGAAACUGGGCUUCACCCAGUUCAGUCACCUCAGAAAAAGGAAACCUGACGAAUCCACAGACUAUAUCUGCCCAACAGAUAGCGGAGUGCUAACAGCAAAUGGAGUUUCUCGCUUUCCCCCUGCAGCACAUAGAGGUCUCAGCCCCACUUUGGACAGACAGGCUGAGAAGUAGGAACAUGUCAGGGUAAAAGCUCAAACGGAUAGCCCCAAACAAUAAUCGAAAGAAGACAUAGAAACCUCUGUACCAGCUCAGUGAGUGACUUAAAAAGUCAGUAGAAAAUGUAAUGCUGAUAUCCAGUCAAGGUGCUUCCACGGUGAUUUGCUGAAUGGUCUGCAAAAAUGCUUCAUUUACAUGAACCAGCUCAUUUUAAUUGUUAUUGAUGCAUUUUUAAUUGUGUUGCUCAAGCAAUGUUCAUUUUAAAACGAGGAUUAUUGGCAACAUUGUGUGUAUUGUUUCAUGGAGACUGCUCUCUGCAUUCCUUAUACAGUUGGAUUCCAAAGCUGAUACACUUUUGCUUUGAUACACGGCAUUUUACUGACCAUUUUGUACCUACAUAUCUGUAGAUUUUUCUUGUAUAUUUGGAUUGUCUGUGUAGCAUCAUCAUGAACAUUAGUUAUCUUACAAAUGUAUGUUUUUUCUCUGUAUAUCAAUUCUUUAAAGAACACUUAGUAUCCUGCACCUUUAAAUAAAGCUUGUACAUAAAUGGUAUCACCUCAA